CGAAGUAUCAAUCGAGUAUAACAGGAGGGCGCACGUCAGAACAGAAGGAGUGUUAAGCGAGUAAGAUAGAGAGAGAGUUCGAAAGUAGGCCUUCGUCGUUCAGUCAGUUGUUGACUGCGUCUCCGGGCGAUUGGAUAGCGUAAUGAUUAAACUACUGUGCUUGAUGGUCAUUUUUGGCCUGGGCCACUGUCAUAAUGAGAAAUCAUUGUUACCAUCCAGACUGGAGAUCGAGACGUCCAUCAAUCGAACGAUCGACGAAGUCGAGCGGAUGAUACGUGAGAAUCCAAAAUUGCCAAGACUUACGAGACCUGAGAUCGUCGAGAUAUUGCGUAAUAUUACAUCAGUGGACUUGAGUACUCACAGCGACGAGGAUCUUUCAAGUAAAGCAAGAGAUGAGUAUCAAAGAGCACUCAUGGUAGUUUUACCUUACAGUCCGCAGGAAUCGAAUGAAAAUCUUAAUGAUUUAUACACGAAGCCGCCGGUUGUUCAAAUGUUAAACGACGGCGUGACUACGGAGAAAGCUGAGAUCAUUUUAAAAAAUAAAGGAAUAGAGAGUGUCGUUUAUUUAAAGGAAUUGAAAAAGACAGAUUCCGUUAAAGGCACCGAACAAAGUUCCAAUAACUUUGUCGCAACGCAACUUUCCGAUAGUUCAUAUACUGACUCAAGUGAGAGUCAAAAGUCCAAAACGGUCUACAAAAACCACAGAGACACUUACUCUGAUGUGACAACGAAAUCCCAACCGAAAAGGACGUUUCAGAGUUUCAUGAAGAACGAAAGAAAACGUGAUCCGGCGCCGGAGAAGUUCAGUUUCAAUUUGGACGUUUUCGAAGAAUCUAGUGGAACUUCAGUUACUCCAACUAGUCAUUCCAUGUUCAAGGACAUAACUGAACAAGCGCAAGAUAAUGCAGUAUCCGGUUCAAAGUUGGAAAUUGUAUAUAGUACCAGUGUCACGAGAAAACCAAUGAUGAAAUCAACUACGGAAAUUUUGCAAAAUUCUAAAUUCACAGAGGCAACAACAAUUCCUUCGAAGACAACGCAACAUAUUUUGUCUUCGGAUCAAUGGCAAUACAAUGCUCCACCCGUUACUACUGAAAAAAAUACAAGAGUAACUUUGACUGUUCCAGAUAAAUCGAUAUUUGCACCUGGUUCAAUGAAUAACAGGGCGGAAGGCGACGUGGCGACCACGAGAAAACCGGAUGUGAGGAUAAAAAUUCUUGGAUCUUCUACGGACGUAAAGUCGGGGGGUGGACCAGUUCGAAUUGUUAAGACUGAAAAACCAGCACCAGUUUACGUUACGCCGAUGUCGACGGCGACCUCAACGAAGCCAAAGUACAGCUCGACUUAUACUUUGGCAUCCGGUGGAUUUUUGACAGCUACGACACCGAUGCCCAUGAGUGACGAAGUGAAGAAUCUCUUGGCUUCCAUUGGUCUACGUCCCGACAGCAAUGACGUUGUGGAGAAUGUGUCUUUAAAGGCGAAUUCGCAAAUUCCAAAUAGCGAUAAUGUCAUUUACAAUCAGGCGACAAGACUGUCAGCAACGGGAACGGACUUACUGCCAUCUAUCGUUAGUCAAAAUACUUUUGCGCCGAUACAGCCGGAUUUCCAAAAAGGGGUGGAAAAUCUGACGCCGGACGUGCAACUUCUCUUUCAGAAAUUCGGUCUGCAGACGUCUUUGAAGCAGAUGGAAACGACUACGGCCAAACCAACGAAGCCACCCGUGAAGGAUGACUCUUACGCUAAAUUCAAGCCGCUGCCAACAUCCACAAUCGAGGACAAAGAUAUGAGAGAUUUCUUGGCAAAGUUCGGCUUGGAUUCUAUCGAGAAUAGAAAUAAAAAAGCAAUGAACAAUAAGAGCGCGCAGGACGAGCAGCCAUCUGUAAUCGAAGCCAUACCCGACUCUAUGAAGAAGAUUUUACAAAAUAUCGGUCUGAUCGGUAGAUCACAAAAAUCGGUUGAAGUCGUUGCGAAGACAAAUAUUGUCCACGAAAAAGCUCCUACUUCGACGCCAAAAUUACACGUCUUCAAGCCUCAAGAAGCUUCCGUACACGCCGAAGAACAGAGAGAUAAAAUUAACAAAUUAUUAGACACGGUCAAGCAGGUUCAAGAUGGCAAAGCCAACGUUCAAGACGUGCAGAAGGUAGCUAAUGAUCUUUUGGAGUCAACGAAAUCGUUGCAGAACGGACCAGAUCCUCUGAGCCUGGAAGAGAUCCUAAAGCUCUACAACGAGGACAUAAGGAACGAGGUGAAGAGGCAGGAAUCUACGCAAGAACAGCCAUCGCUAGCCGACGAGGCCGCAACGGAAUCAACUUCAACUACGACGACGACAGUGACGAGUUUGAUGGUUGACCCAGCAUUCACCACGACUACAGCGCCAGUGGAUUUGACGAACUUGGCAGCUUUGGCAGAUUCCUUUGGAGGAACUACUGCAGCACCGGAUCCUGUUUUACCGACACGGCGACGAAGCGGGCUGUAUUUCCUCGUCGACUGGAACACUUUCCUCGAGGUUGGCGAGGAAGGUAAGGAUAAGGUUAAUUUAAGGUUCCAACCUAAGGUGGGUGACAGAACGCGUUUUAUUCCUGUGACCGUUCCUUAGAAUCGUUAUUAGUUUUUAUGAAAAAGUUGAACAUGAUUUUUUGGGUUACGAUCCAGAGUUUUUAUUUUAUGCUCAAUUCUCGGUGUGUAUUGUUAUGAAAAAUGUUGAAUUAUUUGCUGCGAGUGCGCAAGUAGGUGUGUACGUAAGAUAAUGACGUUUCGAGGAAUAUGCCAGCCUCGGAAGAUUUUAAUCAAAUGUGAUGACUGGUUCAAAGGUAAUCCCUUCGACAUAUCUUUGUCGUCCACGUUAUUCUUCUAGGAUAUCGGAUUAGGUGUGGUUUUGUAUAUUCUUAAAUUUAUUUAUUACGUUCAACGCAUUAUUGUUGUACAAAAUAAUGUUUAGGUGCUUCAAUUGGAUAAAGUUUAUUUAAAAAUGUAUGACUACCUAAGUGCUUUAAAAUAUUAUUUGUGACAUAUAAUUUAAAUUAAUUGUACGUUAACCAAACUUUGUUUGAGAAUUUGUCACAAUUAGUAAUACCAGUGUAAUAAUUUAUAUGUAUCUUUGGAUAUAAUUUUUGUAUUGCUCGUAUCGAGAAUAAACGAGAUUAAACGAUA